GGUUACAUACUGGCGCAGUUUUCUUUUGUCUUAGCAAACUCAUAUACACUUUUUGGUUUUAUUUUCUCCAACCACGAGAAACAAUUCGUAGCCGUUGCGGUGCGCUCUAAAAGCGCUAGUUAUCGCUGUCCGUUAUCGCAAGCCAAACACUACACUCAAGGUAUACACGGUGGUCUGACGAUGCCGAAGUGCGUAGGUUAGAUAGUAGUUCAAAGAACAUAAUUCCUCCCUACGUAAAGCGGAAACGAAGCGCACAGCAAUGUUCCGCUUUAGCAGUCUGAUGCUUGGAAAGGCGCUGGUGGUGGCGGAGAUGGUGAACGGCAAGGUGUCGCCUGCCACGCUGUCUGCCAUCACGGCGGCCAGCAAAGUCGGCCCCGUCACGGCACUCGUGGCCGGCUCGAACGCCAAAGACGCGGCGGCGGUGGUGGCGACGGUGCAGUCGGUGGCGGAGGUGCUGGCGACCGUCGGCGAGCACUAUGACCACGGGCUGCCGGAGGAGUACGCGCCGCUGAUCGAGGCGGCGGUGCAAGCGCACAAGUACACCCACGUCUUCGCGGGCACCUCCGCUUUUGGCAAGAACGUGGUGCCGCGGGCGGCGGCUCUGGCGGGCUGCAUGCCGAUCGCCGAAAUCACGGCUGUCAAGUCGGAGGACACCUUCGUUCGACAGGCCUUCGCCGGAAAUGCCAUCACCACGGUGAAGUCGAAGGACAAGGUGAAGUACUGCACCGUGCGCGGCACCGCCUUCGAGCGAGUGGCGGCAGAAGGCGGCAGCGCAACGGUGAGUGACCUCCCCGCCGUUUCUCCCGUUAAGUCGGCGAAGUUUGUCGAGGACAAGUUGACGAAGAGCGACAAGCCGGACCUCGCGACGGCGGCGACGGUCAUCGCCGGCGGGCGCGGCAUGAAGAGCGGCGAGAACUUCAAGAUCUUGGAAGAGCUGGCGGCACCGCUGCACGCAGCCGUCGGUGCGACGCGCGCCGUGGUGGACGCCGGCUACGUCCCGAACGAGAUGCAGGUCGGCCAAACCGGCAAGACGGUGGCGCCCAACUUUUAUCUCGCGUGCGGCAUCUCCGGUGCGAUUCAGCACGUGGCAGGUAUGAAGGACUCGAAGGUGAUCGCCGUCAUCAACACCGACGAGGAGGCACCAUUUUUCCAGAUCGCGGACUACGGCAUCGUCGACGACCUCUUCAAGGUGGUUCCUGCCCUGACGGAGAAGGUCAAGGCAAAUGCCAAGUAA